AAAGGAGGAGAACAGGCAAUUAAAGAAAGUGGAGAAGGUGGUGGUUUUGGCUCCCCCCAUGGACAUCUUUGUUAUGUUUUUGGGGGGAGGAGGAAGGAUGCAGAGAGAAAGGAGAGGUAAAAAUGUUGUGCAUCAGUUCUCUGUAACCUUAGAAGAUUUAUAUAAUGGCGCAACAAGAAAACUAGCUCUGCAAAAGAAUGUGAUUUGCAGCAAAUGUGAAGGCCGAGGUGGUAAGAAAGGAGCGGUAGAAUGUUGUCCCAAUUGCAGAGGUACUGGAAUGCAAAUAAGAAUUCAUCAGAUAGGACCUGGAAUGGUUCAGCAAAUUCAAUCUGUGUGCAUGGAGUGCCAUGGCCAUGGGGAACGGAUCAAUCCUAAAGAUAGAUGUAAAAGCUGCAAUGGAGGGAAGAUAGUUCAAGAAAAGAUUCUAGAAGUUCAUAUUGACAAAGGCAUGAAAGAUGGCCAGAAGAUAACAUUCCAUGGUGAAGGAGACCAAGAACCUGGACUGGAACCAGGAGUUAUUAUCGUUGUUUUAGAUCAGAAGGACCAUGUUGUUUUUACUAGGCGAGGAGAGAAUCUUUUCAUGUGUAUGGACAUACAGCUGGUUGAAGCACUGUGCGGCUUUCAAAAGCCAAUAUCUACUCUUAACAACAGAGCCAUUGUCAUUACCUCUCAUCCAGGUCAGAUUGUCAAGCAUGGAAAUAUCAAGUGGGUGCUGAAUAAAGGUAUGCCAAUUUAUCGUAGACCAUAUGAAAAGGGUUGCCUAGUCAUCGAAUUUAAGGUAAACUUUCCUGAGAAUGGCUUUCUCUCUCCUAAUAAACUCUCUUUGCUGGAAAAACUCCUACCUGAGAGGAAGGAAGUAGAAGAGACUGAUGAAACGGACCAGGUAGAACUGGUGGACUUUGAUCCAAAUCAGGAAAGACUGCGCCAUUACAACGGAGAAGCAUAUGAGGAUGAUGAACAUCACCCUCGGGGAGGUCAGACCUCUUAAUGGGGCCAGUG